AUGUCCCACAGCAACGCCCCAGAACUGCAUCCUCAGAUCGUGGACCCCUUUCACAACGUGACCUACCGUCCCGGAAAACUACUAGGAAAAGGCGGCUUUGCAUACGUUUACGAGUUCCACGACGUUAACUCUGACUCCUCCUACGCCUGCAAAAUUACUCCACGCUCGGCUCUCCAGAAGAAGAAGUACUAUGAUAAGUUCGUGACGGAAGUCACCAUCCACCGGGGGCUUGUUCACCCCAACAUUUGUAGAGUUCUGAAUGUCUUUAAGGAUCAAAUGAACUACUACAUUAUUCUUGAAAAGUGUAAUGGAGGUACAUUGACAGAUCUCAUCAGGCGGCGGAAACACCUCACAGAAACAGAAGCACGCUUCUUCAGCAAGCGUAUCCUCAAUGCUCUUUGGUAUCUCCACGACCUCUACAUUAUUCAUCGGGACAUUAAGACGUCGAAUAUUUUUUUGAUGGAAGACUUCGACGUGAAGGUUGGGGACUUUGGGCUUGCAGUCAAGUGCGAAACUCCAGAGGAGCUGCACUGGACCAUGUGUGGAACGCCAAACUUUCUCCCCUCAGAGGUCAUAUAUUCGCACAUAAUGAAACGCAAGGCUAGCGGGCGUGGUCCAGACCCGAACUUGGACGAGGACUGCGUAAAUCUCUGUCACCAGCUUCUUCCAGCGUAUUCGGGUCAGGGGCACAGUUUUUCGGCUGAUAUGUGGUCAUUUGGCUGUCUUGUCUUUUCAAUGAUAUAUGGUAGGCCCCCAUUUGAAGCCGCGGACAUCAAGACGACCUACAAGCGCAUCGUUCGUUGCGAUUUUUCUUUCCCAGGCUCCAUCUCUGUGAGUGAAGACCUCAAGAACUUCAUCAAAGGCCUGCUAACUCCAGAUCCCCGCAAGCGGUUUACCGUCAAGGAGUGCUUGGACCACUCAUGGCUUAAUCCGUCCAAGUACUUUAUCCCAGAGAGCCUACCACCAAGGAUCAUAUCGGAACCCUACGAAGUUCCACCUCUGUGCUCUGCGUCACCGACUCGCAACAUGCAGAUGACUAUCAACAUGGCCAAGAACGCCGGAGGAACGGAUGGUCGUUUCAUUGCAGCCACUCCGCAGGCCAUUGGGGGUACCGAGCACAUACCAACUCCUGGGACCGCAAACUUUUACAAGCCUCAAAAUGCAAUACUUACGACCAAGAGCGCAGCAGGCAUCUCUCGCGCUAGCACAGCGAUGGCCAUGCAGAACGUUGGAUCUGCACAGGGUGUGGUCAAUAAGUAUGGCAUCAAUGAAGCCGAGUAUCCACAAAUAGACCCACCGUGCUACAUCAUGUCCUGGGUGGACUAUUCCAACCGGUAUGGGUUUGCCUACCAGAUCAGCAACGGCAGCAUCGGCGUGAUAUUUAACGAUGAAUCGGCUGCGAUUCUCUCUCCCAACGCUCUCAUCGUUGACUAUUCUCCGUCUCUCCUAGACGCUGCCUUUGACAGGGCCUUGUUCGAAGAGGGGACUACCAUUCUCUCGGAGAAGAAGUUCAAGCUCUUGUCCUUCUUUAGAGACUACCUUGAAAAUAGGUCUAUUGUGCCCAUUCCAGCAGCCGAUCGUCCCAAGGAGGAUGAGGAGCUGAAGAGGGUCAUUGAGCAAGAGCGCAUGAAUAAUCAAGAGAUAGACUUCAAGCGACUGACAAAAGGGCUUCCUCUGCCACAGCUCUUCCUUAAGAAGUGGAAGUUGUACGAUGACGGCACUCUUUGCCUUCUAUUCAAUACCAAGGUGUUUCAGGUUAACUUCGCUGACCAUUCCAAGGUGGUUGUCGCGCACCGAAGCGUCACGUUUAUGAGCGAGAAGCGCGAGAUAUACACAUAUCCUUCUGAGUACUUGAAGGACGACAGGUUCUCAUUCAAGGAGCUUCGUCGUAGAGUUGACAGGGCAAGGAAGUACUACGAGAUCAUUAAGGCGGCAAGGCCUGUUGAUUCCUUGGCACAGUACAGAUAUAACAAGGAUUCUACGAAGAAAAGCGCCUCUGGCUCCUCCACAAGGCAGCUCGGUCAGGGAGGGGAAUAG